CGCAUGCACACCGAGGCAUAAUGAGGGUGGAUUUAGAUGCUAAGCACGUGAAAUGAAGUUAGAAUAAAUAUCUGGUAUUCUAUUAAACAAACUCUGAACUCCAGCAACACAAUGGAGAAUUCUUGUGUGACAUUGACGAGGCAAUCUCCAAAUUUUCCUCAAAAUAUUGUUAAAAGCGGUUUCAAGAGCACGAAUUUUCUUACUGUCAAGUCUCCACAAAACACAACCAUAUAGUGAAAGGCAUUAACAGAGGUUCCACUGUAUAUGGCAAAAUGAUAUUCACGCACAAGUUAAUGAGAUUCAUUGGCUGCAUGGUCAUCUGACCUUUUUGUGCCUCCCCCCCUCAAGCUGUCGCAGACCUAGUUAGAGCAUAGAUAGAAAUGUCCGCCAUUAAAGUCUACAUUUUGCUCUCACUGUCUGUGCUGUGUAUUACCAAUGGGCAAGGUCAGGGCCAGAGGUGCCUUGAUGGGUUUCCUUCAGUCACUGACAACACCUGUACAUUGUCAACAUGCCCGAUCCAGGGGAUAAGUAGCUCCCGGCAACUACGACUCUUCCCUUCCAUGAGGAUUACCUGUAAUGGGAUGCUAGUGGGAUUGUCUGUAGCAGGAGAGACUCUAAGUGGAGGAGAUUACCCUAUUCUACAGAUCUGGAGACCCACUGGCCCCACACCCAAUGACUAUGAGAGAAUCAGUGAAUACACAUUCCCAAUUGGAUGCACUCAGCUACCUAACAAUGUCUGGCAGUGUAGAGUCAAUUCCAUUGAUGUUGAGGAGAGGGACAUCAUUGGAAUUGAUCUCCCUCUUGCCAUUAAGACUGUUGCAGCAUUUGGAAUGUACUCCAUGUCCCCGCCAUCGUUUACCAGCUACACACUAAGCAGUACAACAGAGAGAACAUUCUCAGUGCCUGUGUCUGCUAUAACUGACAGUGCUCAGCCAUUGCUUACUCUGGAUAUUCAGGAACAAGGUACCAGGCCGUAUACGAAGAAAUUGGCCUGGGACCGAGGCUAACAACAUUCAGAUUCUAUGGUGUUCAUACAGUCAUUGAGACCCCAACUACUGAGCUGACAACACAGACCCCUACUACUGAGCUGACAACACAGACCCCAACUACUCAGCAGACAACACAGGCUCAGCCGACAACACAGGCCCCAACUAUAUAUACUCAGUGAACAACACAGGGCUCAACUACUCAGCGGACAACACAGGCCCCAACUACUCAGCUGACAACACAGGCCCCAACUACUCAGCUAGAAGAUCACACUACUGCAGAAGAUAUUGGGCAACCGACGGCUAGAGGUACAGAGAUAGUUGGUCCGUUGGUUGGUGGUGUGGUUGGUGUGCUACUGUUGGUGCUGAUUGUUGCACUGGUGGUGGGUUUGGUUGUAUAUAUUCUUACGAGGAGGAGAUUCACUAAUAAAUGGAAACCUGAGGUGGUAUCUGAACAUCAGCUUGCAGAGGGCAGUCAGAGAGGGGUGAUCAGUAAUGGUAUCCACAGCGCUGAGACCGUUAUUGAGCUCGGCUCUCGAAGACAAUCGACGGACAGUAUGUCCAGCAAUCCAUUGUACAUGCCCAACACAGAUGCAUCCAUCAAGUAUGAGGGAGAGCCUGAAUAUACUUACAUUGAUCAAAAAGAUAUACGCAUUCUAGCAAGAAAUCCAAUUGUUGGUGUUGGUGAAGAUGCAGACAAUGUUGCAUAUAGCUUAACUACUCACUAAUAAAAACUCUUUUUAGCCAAUAUCAGACAACUUUAUAUGCAUAACAACUUUAUACGCAUGAUUAAGUUUAAAUGUCUUGUUAUAAGCUAUAGCUAUAAUUAUAGAUAUAGGUAGUUGUUGUCAUACAAUGUUGUCAAAAUUAA